AUGACCCUCACCUCCCGCACCCCCUUCCAACUCUCCGGCCGCUACGCCCCCAGAAACAAAUGGGAAGUCCUAAACGGUCCCGACGACUCCCGCAUCACCGGCGAGCAGAUCCUCCACGACGAAAACCUCCUCAACGCCUGGAGUGACAAAGUCAUCCUAAUCACAGGCGUCUCCUCCGGGCUGGGCGUCGAAACCGUCCGCGUCCUGGCCCUAACCGGCGCAACCAUCUACGGGACGGCCCGCAACCUCGAGAAAGCCAAAGAGGCAUUGGGGUCGCUACUGGAUACCGGGCGUGUUCAUCUACUCUACAUGGAUCAAACGGAUUUAUCCAGCGUGCGCGCCUGCGCAGAGGCCUUCCGCCAGCAGAGCACCAAGCUGAAUGUAAUGAUCAACAACGCAGCGGUGAUGAAUACGCCCGAGGGACGCACGAAGGACGGUUUCGAGACGCAGUUCGGGACGAACCAUCUCUCGCAUUUCUUGCUAUUCUGGUGUUUGAAGGAUCUGCUUCUGGAGAGUUCCAGCGCGGCGUUCCACUCGCGCGUCGUGAACGUCUCCUCGGCGGGGCAUCGGUACGGGCCCGUCCAGCUGGAGAAUAUCAAUUUCGAGGGAAACUAUAACGGCUGGUUAGCGUAUGGGUCUAGCAAGACGGCGAAUAUCUACAUGAGUAACCAGAUCGAGCGGUUGUUUGGGGAGCAGGGGCUGCAUGGGUAUAGUGUGCAUCCGGGGGCGUUUGUUAGUCCCAACUUGCAGAAGCAUUCGAAGGCGGAGAUGGAGGCGUUUUUGAAUGACGAAAAGAUGCGCAAGUAUCUGUCUAGUAUGGGGCAGGCGUGUGCGACGUCGGUUUAUGGGGCGGUGUCUAGUGAGUUGGAGGGGAGGGGUGGGUUGUACCUUGAGGGAGCGUCGGUUGCGGUGCAUCCUUGUCCUCCUGAUGGGGACGCUGCUGAGUAUGGGUAUGGUAGUUGGACGUUUGAUCAGGAGAAGGGAGAGAGGCUGUGGGAGUUGAGCAAGCAGUGGGCUAAGGUGGAGUAG